AUGUUUGUAGUCCGGACUGGUGGGAUAAUGAAGAGAAAGAAUCCAGAGUUAAAGAAGCAACAGGACUUUGAAAAAGUCUCUGUAGAAAAGGAGAACAGAUACAGUAUUUAUGGGCAGAUGAAACAAAAGUCCAGAAUUCUGGCCCUUUUGCACCAACUGGAAAUGAACUGGUACCUAAAAAUCUGUGAAUUAUCCUAUGAAUAUACGGUAGCUCAUACCAGUGGCAUGCCUCACAGAAACCUUGGGAAAUCUGGAUUAAGAGUUUCUUGUUUGGGACUGGGGACUUGGGUGACUUUUGGAGGUCAAGUUUCAGAUGAGGUGGCUGAACAUCUAAUGACCAUUGCAUAUGAAAGUGGUGUGAAUCUCUUUGACACAGCAGAGGUAUAUGCGGCUGGAAAGGCUGAAAUUAUUUUGGGAAACAUUAUCAAAAAGAAAGGCUGGAGGAGAUCAAGUCUGGUCAUUACAACAAAACUCUACUGGGGUGGAAAAGCUGAAACAGAAAGAGGACUUUCAAGGAAACACAUUAUUGAAGGAUUAAAAGCCUCUCUCCAGAGACUGCAGCUUGAAUAUGUGGAUGUGGUCUUUGCAAAUCGACCAGAUGGUAAUACUCCAAUGGAAGAGAUUGUCCGAGCAAUGACAUAUGUGAUUGACCGGGGGAUGACAAUGUAUUGGGGGACUUCGCGCUGGAGUGCCAUGGAGAUUAUGGAAGCAUAUUCAGUAGCAAGACAGUUUAAUAUGAUCCCACCAGUAUGUGAACAAGCAGAAUAUCACCUUUUCCAAAGAGACAAAGUUGAGGUUCAGUUGCCGGAAUUAUACCACAAGAUAGGAGUUGGAGCAAUGACAUGGUCUCCACUUGCUUGUGGGAUUAUCUCAGGAAAAUAUGCCAGUGGAGUCCCUGAUGGAUCAAGGGCAUCCUUGAAGUGCUAUCAAUGGCUAAAGGAGAAAAUUGUGAAUGAGGAAGGAAGAAUGCAACAAUCAAAGCUGAAAGAACUUUUCCCAAUUGCUGAACGCCUUGGAUGUACACUACCUCAGCUAGCAGUCGCAUGGUGUCUUCGCAAUGAAGGUGUGAGUUCUGUUCUCCUUGGAUCAUCCAAUGCUGAGCAACUGAUAGAAAAUCUUGGUGCCAUACAGGUUCUUCCAAAGAUGACAACUCACAUUGUGAAUGAAAUCGAUAACAUUUUGGGGAACAAACCUUUCUGCAAAAAGGACUACAGAUCCUAAUGUACUGCAUGAUUAGUCUGGACUGCAUGGCUAAACAACAGCUCUGUACAUAGUAGUGUACUGAGUUGAUACUAUCCAGUUAAAUAAAAAAAUAUUCUGCAAUUGUAAUUUACUAGAUCCUCUAAGGUGGUUAUGCUCCACCAAAAUUCAGUAACAUGGCUGAUCUGUCUAAACUAGAUUGUCUUUACUGUUUUUAAAAUACAGUAUAUCAAAUCUUAAGAGUUUGGAUUUAAUCUUGACUCAGAUCAAUUUGACUCUAAUGAAUGAAAAAUACAAAAAAAUGCAGAAGUAUUCAGUUCAUUGGGGUUUGCGUAGGACUUUCUUAAUAGAUUCUAACCCCACUGAGUCUUAUUUUCUUUCUUCCUAUUUAUGCAGUGAAAAUACAAAGAAUCAAAGAUUUCUAAGCCUUAGGUACUUAAAAAUAAAAAGGAUGUACAGAUAUAUUUUUUCAAUAAAUGAAAAGCCAGAUACAGUUGAAAGCUUAAGACAAUUUCAGGGAUUUAGAUUCUUCAAGCUCUCUUAAUAAUAGGUAAGUUUGAAGUUUUUUCCAUUUGCAUUUUAAAUAGAAUUGAUUUCUAAACUGUUCAGUUUGGGUUUGGGCUAAAAGAAAGGUUUACUGUUAAAGACAGGGGGAAAUGGAGGAAUUAGAGAUAGAUGUCUAUCAUCUAUUUUUUU